GACAAACUUGAAAUAAAGAUUGUCAUGGGAGGCAAUCCGAAAGAAACAGAGAUGCUGAAGUUCCUGAAUGGUCUGGGGCCAGCUAGACUACUUGCCUGCCAGCUGCUGCCCCUGUUGCUGGGUUGGAUCGCCUGCUGCUUCAGGGUGAUCUUCGGUCGGAAGGACUGGCCCACCUUCAAGGCGCUCAUCGUGGUUUUUAUCAUCGACUGCAUGGGUACAGUCGGCCGCAGCGUGUUUCUCUUCAAAGUUUUACCCACCGUCAACAUCCUGACAGCAGUUUGUUUGGGAACAGCAGUCUGUCAGGUGCCCGCCAUUCUCAAGCUUGCAUCACUGUUUUUACGACGUGGAGGCGUCUGCGCGCUCAGCUUCCUGGGUCUGGGGCGCAAGUCCAGGCGGUUAGCGAGGGUCCGCCAUGUCCUGUACGUCAUCGCCUUGGUCCUGGCGGUCGUCGUGCAGCUGGGCACCAUCCCUCUUCUCUACUACGGCGACGCCAUCAUCACCCUGUUCAACCCUCCGCGCACCCGCUACCCCUGCCCGAGCUCUGGACCGUUCUGGUGGUGAUACUCGGGGUGUCCGUGGGCUGGUGGGAAAACUUCGCCUUCGGGGAGUUCAAGUCCUGCGCCGCGCAUGUCGGUGACCUGUCCAGGUGGAGGACGUCCAUGUCGCGCAUGCGCCUGACUAGUCACGUGUACACCGCGCCUGUGCAAAUCGUCAUCGCCGUGUCUCUUUAUUAUGGAUUACACCGACAGCAGGAAGGAGUGGAUUUCUCCGAUCAGCUGCGGGUCUUCUUCGCGUCGCUAGGCAACGCUUUCACCCACUCCGCGAGGAUGAGGGCGCACUGGACAGUGUACGGAUUAAUGUAUAUGCAGAUCCUCGGUGUACUGGUGUGUGGCUACGUGGCGGGCCUGGCCUGUCGUCUGUACAUGCAGAAGUUCGCCUUCGCACUUCCGGUGUCGCUAGUGGCGCCCGCUACGCUGGCUGUGGCGGCUGGCUGCACGCCAUCCAGUCUGUCCAAGUGGUUUCAAAGCGGCAACGUCUGCGUCACGUCUGACGUCACGGAACCGCACAUUGUCUUCGUGCUGGCGCUAGGGGGCGUUGUGUGGCUGUCCACGGUCGUCAUUACUGCUCACAUCUGGUCCCCCGAGGUUGAAAGGACUGCAAAGCAUGAAAGAUUGUUUGCCUUCCCCCAUCGUGACCCUGUCUUCCCGGACAUUGGCCUCGCCUGCUCUCGGCGCCAGGACCAGGCAGAAAACGCAGACCGAAAGAUGAGAAAUAAAAAGUCUGACCAGAAAAAGAGCGAGAACAUCGGGGAGCGCCCCCUGGUGUACAUCUGCGCCACCUUGUGGCACGAAAUCAGACAGGAGAUGCUCCAGCUGAUGAAAUCUCUCUUUAGAGUGGAUUUCGACAUCUACACCAGAAAGAUGGCCAUGAAAACAUUCUUUGUCAAGGAGGAAAACAGUGACUUGUACGAUGCUGAAAUUCACAUUAUCUUUGAUGACGCGUUCCAAACUGAACCCAAAAGUAAACAACGGAUCAUAAAUCAGUGGGUUCGCCAAUUUAUGGCAGUCAUGCCGGAAGCCAUUAGGUCAGUGGCUAAACAAGCCAUCGACAUUCAGCCACCAAAACUAUUACCAACACCUUUUGGGGGACGAAUGAGUUGGGUUUUGCCCGGAGGUACACAUAUGCACGUGCACCUGAAGGACAAACAAAAAAUACGUGCCAGAAAGCGCUGGUCACAGAUUCUGUACCUGUACUACUUGUUGGGUUUUAAGUUCAUGAAAGACUAUGACACCGUCGAUGACAUCCUGGAGCAUGAUAACUCUAGAAAGAGGACGCGCAGACAGAAAUUUCGGAAGACUACUUCCAUCUUAAAUAACUGCCGCCUGAAAAAGUCCGACAGCACAGCAGAAAAUAUCUUCAUCAUGACACUAGAUGGCGACGUGGACUUCUGGCCAGAUUCUGUUCGUCUGCUGCUGGACAGGAUGAAGAAAAACAAGAAGGUUGCUGCAGUGUGCGGUCGCAUCCACCCUAUCGGCGAUGGGCCGAUGAUCUGGUACCAGCAGUUCGAGUACGCGGUGGGACACUGGCUUCAGAAAGCCACGGAGCAUGUCUUCGGCUGUGUUCUGUGCUGUCCAGGCUGCUUCUCGCUGUUCCGCGGCUCGGCGCUGAUGGACGACAACGUGAUGAAGAUGUACACCACGGAGCCAACAGAAGCCAUCCACUACAUUCAGUACGAGCAGGGCGAGGACCGCUGGCUGUGCACCCUCUUGCUCCAGCAGGGCUACAAGAUCGAGUACUGCGCAGGCGCCGAUGCCUUGACCUUCGCCCCGGAAACGUUCCACGACUUCUACAUCCAGCGGAGGCGCUGGUCGCCCUCGACUCUGGCCAACAUCAUAGACCUGAUUGGGUCUUGGCGCAUCACCGUCAAGAUGAACGACAACAUGAGUGUCCCCUUCAUGAUGUACCAGUUUGUCCUCCUGGCCUCCAGCAUCAUCGCCCCAGGAACUGUUGUGUACAUGAUCGCCGGCUCCUACAGCGCCGUGCUGGGUAUCGACCUGUGGAAGUCCUAUCUGCUGUCCGUGGUUCCAGUCUUUCUCUACGUCCUGCUGUGUCUCAAGGCCAAGACGGAGACGCAGAUUAACGUGGCGGCCAUCUUGUCGUCCGUCUACGCCAUCGUCAUGCUGCUGGUGACGGUCGGCACCAUCAUCAACCUCGCCACCUCCUCCAUCUACAGCCCCACCGUCCUAUUCCUCGUCUGCGUCGCGGUCAUCUUUGUCGUCGCUGGUUUGCUGCACCCGAACGAGAUCUUCUGUCUGACUAACGGCACUUACUACAUCACUGUCCCAUCUACUUUUGUCUUCCUCACUGUCUUCUUCCUGUGCAACCUCCAUGUAGUCUCGUGGGGAACGAGGGAGGACGCGAACAAUGUGGCGCCACCUGCAGAAGUGCUGGCUGAGCAGCAGCAGGAAAAGGGGAAGUUGUACAGGCUCUUCGAGAAACUAGGCUUGCAUGCCAUUCUUCAGGAUGUCAAGGCGUUCGUCCAAAACAUGAUCGGCAUCAGACAAGAACUGACACAGACCGGAGGGCCUCACCAGCAAGGUAGUGAAUCGCCCCAGGCUUCAAAUCGCGCACCGGAAACGAAACCUUCAACAGAUCAGACUACUCCAAAACAGGCAACAUCGACGCAAGAGCCUCCAGUGGAGAUCGACGUGAAAUACUGGGCCACGGAUUUGAAGAGGUCUCUUUCCGGAUCCGAGGUGGAUAGUAUAGAUGCCAAGGAGGAAGAGUUCUGGAAGUUUCUCCUCAAGAAGUACCUGAGUCCGAAGAAAGCCGACGCCAAGAAGGAGGACAAGAUCGCUGAGGACCUCAUCAAGGCUCGCAACAACGUGGUUUUCGCUUACAUGCUGAUCAAUUUCAUGUUCACGCUGGUGCUGCUGCAGCUCAAGAUGCAGAUGGACGUGCUGCAAGACUCUUUCUACAUCGCCGGCAAGUACGAGCCGGUCUCCACCAUGGCGCUGGGCAUCUUCUCUCUGCUGCUCCUGACGCAGUUCCUCGGCAUGCUGAGCCACCGGUGGAGCACCUUCAUGCACCUGAUCGCCUCCACCAAGCUCCACUUCUUCCACGAGAACGAGGAGGACCUGGCGCUGGCCAAGAUCGAGGAAGCCAAGAAAUUAACUUCCGCCGCUGCUCCCGGUGACCUUGACCUCGAGCCGGACUACGAUGACGACGAAGAUGACCCUUACCUGGAAACGGCCACCGGCACUGUCAGGACCACCACCACCACCACCAUCCCCGCUGACCGCCAGACCCUGGAGGAUGUCGAGAGCACACCCGACUACUCGGAUAACGAAGACGAAGACGAAGACGAUGAAGCAGACGUUAGGCCGCAGUACGACAAGGUUUUCCGCGAUCGCUACCGCACCGUGCGACACCAUUUGCAGCUGCAGCGACGGCGUUCAGUGCAUCAGAACCAUCCCCCGCCCUUCUUCGCCAACAGCAGCGCCUGCAGGCCAGCAUGGAGCGUCGUCAGAGUCUGUACAUGUCUAGCAGUGCCAGGACAGGAGUGUUGGAAAAUGUCUAGCUGGGAAAAAACGGAGGACUAAAGCUAUCGGUGCGAGAGACGGAUGUGGGAAUCGAACCCCCCUCCACUGAGUCAAAUGACCCGGAACGACGCUGCAAAAGGGACUGACACAGACUGUAGUGUCAGUUAAGACUGGUUACUGUCAGUCCAGAAAUGAUCGACACCCUUUGCAGACAAUUAAGACAUAACUGACACUAUGCCAUGCCAAAGUUGUGACACCGGUUGCAAAGUCAGUUAAGACAUGAGUGACAACGGCUACUGUCAGUUCAGACAUGAGUGACAACGGCUACUGUCAGUUCAAAAUGAUUAACGUCGUAGGUCACGUGGUAAAGAAGUGGACAAAUCAAGUUUCUGUUUUCUCGUAUAACCGCAGACACGAGUAAUGGCAGCGAUAUGUCAUCGAUAAUGCCAGCACAGAAACGGGUGACGAUGCUUGUAAUGUCAUCAAAACACUGAUUACCGAUGGUAAUAUCUUGUGUUACGCAGAGGCUGAUGGUAGUUUCUGUUCUAACAUUGGUGCAAAAAUGAAAGAGGGUGCUUACUGGUUGUGAUGUUGGUGUAUAAAUGAAUAUUUCAAGGCAUUAGUUGAAAUGUUUUUGCAGAAAUCAUGGUGUCUCCUGAUCAUGGUGUCUCCUGGCUCUAAGAACA